GGUCUGGGGCAGGCGUGGGUAGAACCUCUUGAUCGCUACUCUUGGAGUUACUCGUGUCCACUUUCGCUGCUCAGGUCUGUAGCAGUUUCUCUUCCCCAGCUCCACUUCCCUUCAGACUUCAAUCAUGGCUCCUAAGAGGGGUACUCUUAAGACUCCGGUCGCAGCCCCCGCCCAAAAGAAACAGGCUCCAGUGAAGACUGUGAACCCUCUGUUCGAGAAGAGGCCGAAGCAGUUUGGUAUUGGAGGAGCUCUCCCGCCCAAGCGGGACCUCCACCGGUUCGUGAAAUGGCCCAAGUACGUGCGCAUUCAGCGCCAGCGACGUGUUUUGAACCAGCGUUUGAAAGUCCCUCCGGCUCUGAACCAGUUCACGAAGACUCUGGACAAGAAUCUUGCCACGAGCUUGUUCAAGUUGUUGUUGAAGUACCGACCUGAGGACAAGGCGGCGAAGAAGGAGCGGCUUCUGAACAAGGCAAAGGCUGAGGCAGAGGGCAAGAGCGUGGAGUCGAAGAAGCCUGUGGUGGUGAAAUACGGAAUCAACCACAUCACGUACCUGAUCGAGCAGAACAAGGCUCAGCUGGUGGUGAUCGCUCACGACGUGGACCCGAUCGAGCUGGUAGUGUGGCUGCCGGCACUUUGCCGGAAGAUGGGCGUGCCGUACUGCAUCGUGAAGGGGAAGUCGCGGUUGGGACAGAUUGUGCACGCGAAGACUGCAACAGCGUUGUGUUUGACAGCGGUGAAAAACGAGGACAAGCACGAGUUUUCGAAGAUCAUCGAAGCAGUGAAGGCGAACUUCAAUGAGAAGUACGACGAGCAUAGAAGGCAUUGGGGCGGUGGCAUCAUGGGUGUCAAGUCACAGGCCAAGACGAAGAUCAGAGAGCGAAUUCUUGCCAAGGAGGCAGCUCAGAGAGCAACUUAAGUUACAUGGCAGCGGCCUGUGUAGUUUUUUUGAUAUGGAAUAUUGUGUUCUUCAUGUGAAGAAUUUUGUUAAUAUACCAUAUCGAAUCUCAGAUUCAUCCGUUUCGGGCCA